AUGUAUCAGAAAUUCACAUUACUCAUUUGUCAUCAUCAUCAUCAACAAAUGGCGCUAUCCGAUAUGCUCGACACUCGAUACAUGCUCAUUCUGCUAGUUUUUGUAGUGACAAGCACUCAGGCGAUCUUUUUUGGCGGCGGAGGUCAUUGCUGCUGUUGUGGUGGUUGUGGCAAAUAA